GUCGGUUCCCACACGGUCGUGUCAGGUGGUCCACGGGUCGUGUCAGGUGGUCCACGUGUCGUGUCAGGUGGUCCAGGGGUCGUGUCAGGUGGUCCAGGGGUCGUGUCAGGUGGUCCACGGGUCGUGUCAGGUGGUCCAGGGGUCGUGUCAGGUGGUCCAGGGGUCGUGUCAGGUGGUCCACGGGUCGUGUCAGGUGGUCCAGGGGUCGUGUCUGGUGGUCCACGGGUCGUGGAGGGGCGGCAGGAACCACCAGGCCGCCACCAUGGAACGACAAUAUCGGAAAAUGAUACGAACAUUCCCGCCCCGCCAGUCAUCGUUUCGGAACCAGUCCAGCACGACACAGUCCAGCACGACCCAGUCCAGCACGACACAGUCCAGCACGACCCAGUCCAGCACGACACAGUCCAACACGACACAGUCCAGCACGACACAGUCUAGCACGACACAGUCCAGCACGACACAGUCUAGCACGACCCAGUCCAGCACGACACAGUCCAGCACGACCCAGUCCAACACGACACAGUCCAGCACGACACAGUCCAGCACGACACAGUCCAACACGACACAGUCCAGCACGACACAGUCCAGCACGACACAGUCCAACACGACACAGUCCAGCACGGCACAGUCCAGCACGACACAGUCCAGCACGCCACAGUCCAACACGACACAGUCCAGCACGACCCAGUCCAGCACGACCCAGUCCAGCACGACCCAGUCCAGCACGACCCAGUCCAGCACGACACAGUCCAACACGACACAGUCCAGCACGACCCAGUCCAGCACGACACAGUCCAGCACGACCCAGUCCAACACGACACAGUCUAGCACGACCCAGUCCAGCACGACCCAGUCCAGCACGACCCAGUCCAGCACGACACAGUCCAGCACGACCCAGUCCAGCACGACACAGUCCAGCACGACCCAGUCCAGCACGACCCAGUCCAGCACGACCCAGUCCAGCACGACCCAGUCCAGCACGACACAGUCCAGCACGACCCAGUCCAGCACGACACAGUCUAGCACGACCCAGUCCAGCACGACCCAGUCCAGCACGACACAGUCCAGCACGACCCAGUCCAGCACGACCCAGUCCAGCACGACCCAGUCCAGCACGACCCAGUCCAGCACGACACAGUCCAACACGACACAGUCCAGCACGACCCAGUCCAGCACGACACAGUCCAGCACGACCCAGUCCAACACGACACAGUCUAGCACGACCCAGUCCAGCACGACCCAGUCCAGCACGACACAGUCCAGCACGACCCAGUCCAGCACGACACAGUCCAGCACGACCCAGUCCAGCACGACCCAGUCCAGCACGACCCAGUCCAGCACGACACAGUCCAGCACGACCCAGUCCAGCACGACACAGUCUAGCACGACCCAGUCCAGCACGACCCAGUCCAACACGACACAGUCCAGCACGACACAGUCCAGCACGACACAGUCUAGCACGACCCAGUCCAGCACGACCCAGUCCAGCACGACACAGUCCAACACGACACAGUCCAACACGACCCAGUCCAGCACGACCCAGUCCAGCACGACCCAGUCCAGCACGACACAGUCUAGCACGACCCAGUCCAGCACGACCCAGUCCAGCACGACACAGUCCAGCACGACCCAGUCCAGCACGACCCAGUCCAGCACGACCCAGUCCAGCACGACACAGUCCAGCACGACACAGUCCAGCACGACCCAGUCCAGCACGACCCAGUCCAGCACGACACAGUCCAGCACGACCCAGUCCAGCACGACACAGUCCAGCACGACCCAGUCCAGCACGACACAGUUCAGCACGACACAGUCCAACACGACACAGUCCAGCACGACACAGUCCAGCACGACACAGUCCAGCACGACCCAGUCCAGCACGAUACAGUCCAGCACGACCCAGUCCAGCACGACACAGUCCAGCACGACCCAGUCCAGCACGACCCAGUCCAACACGACACAGUCCAGCACGACACAGUCCAGCACGACACAGUCCAGCACGCCACAGUCCAGCACGACCCAGUCCAGCACGACACAGUCCAGCACGACACAGUCCAGCACGACACAGUCCAGCACGACACAGUUCAGCACGACACAGUCCAGCACGACACAGUCCAACACGACACAGUCCAGCACGACACAGUCCAACACGACACAGUCCAGCACGACACAGUCCAGCACGACACAGUCCAACACGACACAGUCCAACACGACACAGUCCAGCACGACACAGUCCAGCACGACACAGUCCAGCACGACACAGUCCAGCACGACCCAGUCCAGCACGACACAGUCCAACACGACACAGUCCAGCACGACCCAGUCCAACACGACACAGUCCAGCACGACACAGUCCAACACGACACAGUCCAGCACGACACAGUCCAACACGACACAGUCCAACACGACACAGUCCAGCACGACACAGUCCAGCACGACACAGUCCAACACGACACAGUCCAACACGACACAGUCCAACACGACACAGUCCAACACGACACAGUCCAACACGACACAGUCCAGCACGACACAGUCCAGCACGACACAGUCCAGCACGACACAGUCCAACACGACACAGUCCAACACGACACAGUCCAGCACAACACACACAACACAGUCCAGCACGACACAGUCCAACACGACACAGUCCAACACGACACAGUCCAGCACGACACAGUCCAACACGACACAGUCCAACACGACACAGUCCAACACGACACAGUCCAGCACAACACAGUCCAGCACGACACAGUCCAGCACGACACAGUCCAGAACGACCCAGUCCAACACGACACAGUCCAACACGACACAGUCCAACACGACACAGUCCAAAACGACACAGUCCAGCACGACACAGUCCAACACGACACAGUCCAGCACGACACAGUCCAGCACGACCCAGUCCAGCACGACACAGUCCAGCACGACACAGUCCAGCACGACACAGUCCAACACGACACAGUCCAGCACGACACAGUCCAACACGACACAGUCCAGCACGACACAGUCCAGCACGACACAGUCCAACACGACACAGUCCAGCACGACCCAGUCCAGCACGACACAGUCCAGCACGACCCAGUCCAGCACGACACAGUCCAGCACGACCCAGUCCAGCACGACACAGUCCAGCACGACACAGUCCAGCACGACCCAGUCCAGCACGACCCAGUCCAGCACGACACAGUCCAACACGACACAGUCCAGCACGACACAGUCCAGCACGACACAGUCCAGCACGACACAGUCCAGCACGACACAGUCCAGCACGACCCAGUCCAGACGACCCAGUCCAGCACGACACAGUCCAACACGACACAGUCCAGCACGACCCAGUCCAGCACGACACAGUCCAACACGACACAGUCCAGCACGACCCAGUCCAGCUCGACACAGUCCAACACGACACAGUCCAACACGACACAGUCCAACAUGA